AUUUAAUCGGAGUGAAAUUAUUGAUUUGCGGUUACUUAUUUAAUUAGACUUACCUCGAUAUAUCCGCGACAUGCAGAGGACACAUUCAUUCAUCAUUCUCUUUUUGCUCGCGGUGCUCUCCGCUUGCUGUUUGGCCGUCAACCAGACCACCUUCGUGAAUACCACGAAAACAACACUUAAAAUUCUUGGUGUCUUUGGAUAUCCUGGUAAAAGUCAUUUCGACGUGUUCAAGCCGCUUCUGGAGGAACUAGCCCGAAGAGGUCACGAGGUUACUGUGCUCUCGUACUUCCCUAGAAGCGACAGUGUCAAGGCAAAAGAGCCGCUGCCCAAUUAUAAGGAUGUCAAUUUAACAAAUCCCAAGGACGGCGUCUUCGUAGAAGUGAUCGAUCUCAAACAGAUUAAUCACGCGUGGUAUCGUUUUCUGUUAGAGAUCCACCUGCUGAGAUCCAUGGCAGAUUACGCGUGUAACACCGGUCUGCGGACUCCAGCUGUGAAAGAAUUCCUUCGAUCCAACGAAAAAUUCGAUCUGAUUCUCACGGAGAACUUCAACACCGAUUGCUUUUUGGGUUUUGUUCAUCGCUUUAAGGCACCGUACAUGGCUCUGUCGUCGCAUCAAAUUAUGCCGUGGACCAACAGCGAUAUGGACAACUCAAACGAUCCCAGUUACAUCCCGGUUAUAUUCAUCGGCUUCGUUAAACCUAUGAAUUUUCUCAGGCGAAUGCAAAAUACACUGUUGGUGUCGUUGUCUGAAGUGAUCUACGAUUAUUGGUUCCGAGCUGUCGAUCAGGUCACCGCUAACGAAGUCUUCGGUCCGGAUCUUCCCAAGCUGGAAGAAAUCGCCCAGCAGUCGCAAGCGUUGCUAGUGAACACUCACAGUAGCAUUCACGGCAGCCGACCGCAGCUGCCGAAUGUAGUGGAAAUUGGUGGGCUCCACAUCUCGUCCAAGGUCAACCCGCUGCCGAAGGACAUAGCUGAAUUCCUCGACGGCGCAGACGAAGGGGUGCUGUACUUCAGUUUGGGCUCCAUGAUCAAGAUGACUUCGAUGCCACUCGAGAAGCUCGACGCGAUAUUAAAGGUACUUGGCUCGAUACCGCGGAAAGUGCUUUGGAAAUGGGAGGCUGAUGAAUUACCGCACAAGCUGGACAACGUUAUGGCCAGGAAAUGGCUGCCCCAGUUCGACGUGAUGAGCCGAGUCGUUAUAUUAAGCGUCGAUUGGAUUCUAGCAAUGAGUUAUCCAGAAACCAUAAGAUAACCAUUUUUUAUCCACUGACUAUUACAAUGGAGAGAAAGUUUAAGUAAUUUUUUUUUCAUAGUCUUAAUAAUUUAACGUAAAAAAUAUUUUUUUUUCGUUUCUUGUUGAAGAAAGUAGCAACAGUUUAUAUUGCGUUUUUUAAUCUAUUGCAUAAUAAACGGUAUCAUUUAUUAGAAUUAAAA